AGAGCGGAAAUGUCGUGUGACUAUGCCAACGGUCUGUCUCCUUAUGAGUACAAAGGCAAGUGCGGACAAGCUGAAGUCUUCGAUGCCGCACCGGAGUUGGAUAGCAAGAUAACAACUCUAGCCGAAUGGGUCGAGAAAAGCCAGCACAUGGUAGUGAUCACCGGCGCCGGAAUAUCGACGUCAGCUGGUAUCCCUGACUUCAGAGGACCCAACGGAGUCUGGACGAAGGAACAGCAAGGGGAGAAACCCACUAUCAACAUCUCCUUCAACGACGCUGUUCCGACGAAAACGCACAUGGCUCUCGUCGAGUUACAGAGACGGGGCAAGCUCCACUUCAUCUGUUCGCAGAAUGUUGACGGACUCCAUCUGAAGAGCGGCUUCCCUCUGAACAGGCUGACCGACGUUCACGGCAAUAUGUUCGUCGACAAAUGCCAGAAGUGCAAACGCCAGUUCAUCCGGAGACGAUGCACUAGAACUGUUGGUCAGAAGCUCACAGGAGAGCCCUGUCUGGCUGAGAGACUUGGUCGAAACAUCAAAUCGUGCAGGGGUGGCAAACUCCGCGAUUCAAUCCUUGAUUGGGAGGAUGAACUCCCCGUCGAAGGAUUGCAAGCCUCUCUUGAGCAUUGCCGGAACGCAGACCUGGUUAUAUGCCUGGGUAGCACAUUACAGAUUUUACCCGUCGGAACGAUGCCUCUCCAGGCUAGAAAGAACAAUCCUGAUGCGAAGAUAGUUGUUGUGAAUCUUCAAGAGACGAAACUGGACAAGAAGUGUGAUCUCAGGAUAAGCUACUAUGUGGAUACCGUCAUGGAGAAACUCUUCCAAAAACUCGGGUUCAAGAUUCCGGAAUACAAGGAUACUUCGGAUCCGACGAAGAAAGACACCGGGGAGUGGGUGGAGAAAUUGCCGAAGUUGUUGCUGCCGAAAAAGAAGAAAAUGGAGCCGGUAGAGGGAAGCCGAAGGAAGAAACGAAAAAUCGAGAAGGAGGAAGAUGAGCGAGUGUAUAUCAAGGAUGUGAAGCAGGAGUCUGAAAUCAAUGGGAGCGAUAUCGGCGAUAAAAUCAAAGCAGAACUUGGGGUUACGGGUACAGUCAAAGAAGAAAUCUGA